AUGGAAAAGAAAACCCUAAUGGUGGAACCGAGAAAGCUUCCACCAGAUAUGGAAGAAGAAAUACUCUUUCUAGUUCCUUAUCUAUCUCUCGUUCGCUUCAGAGCCGUUUGCAAAGAGUGGAACAAUCUUUUCAACACUAAGAUAUUCGUCAACAGAAAAUUCGCUUUCAGCCACCAAGAAUUCAUGUUGAAGACACAUUCCCAUAUCUAUUCGUUAAGCGUCGAUCUCAACGACAACCCAACUAUAAAAGUCACUGAUUUACGCUUUGAUUCACGCUUUGAUCCAAGCUUUGAUUCAAGCCUAGCCCGUUAUGAUAUUAGUGGGUUCUGCGAUGGUUACGUGUUGAUGAAAGGCUCAAAAGAAAGAUGCUUUGUUUGGAACCCGUUGCUGAGACAAACUUACUGGAUUUCAUCACCCAUGGGUGAUGAGAUAUGUGACAAAAGAAUGGGUCACGAUGGUGGAAACCCUGAAAAGAGUUACAAGCUUAUUGGAAGGUUCGGUACUGAUUUGAUCCUAUUGGCGGCAAUGUGUUCGCAUCAUACGACUCGACUAGUAGUGUCUCUCUGA